CAUUUCCUUAUCGGUUUUUGGAAUACUUAUUAAUUAAAGUGAGUUGACUGAUUUGCAACAUAUACGUGCAAUGAAUGAAAGUACGAAGGUAGGUGAAACUAAUAGUGGAGAAGUUGCUAAUGGAUUUCUAAGCUGUAGGGAUCUCAGUGAUAUCGUACCACUUUAUACUGCACAAGGAAUUUAUUUAAAACCAAUUGCUAAAAUUUGUGUAUCAAUUAAUCUGCCGCAACUAAAAAGUCCAGGAAAAACAAUAUCAACAUGGGAGGUAAAGGAGAAGAUAUACUUAUUGAUACGACCAGACAAAUUUGCUUCACUCAAAGUGAUCAAGAGUACAUUAGAAUUUAUCAAAUUCGAGGGAGAUCUUGGAGACAAAUCCAAGCUUCAGCCAGUAUUGGCAAGACUUGAUGGUCAACGAUUUAAUUUAACAGGUUUCCCAAACGUCUUAAAGGUCAAAGCCGUCGAGAUGAAGGAUGAAUUUCCAACAAGACAUUCCUGGGAUUCAUACUUCCGAGAUGCUAAACAUAUGAAUGAAUUAAAGGCAGGUGAACGACCUGAUACUAUUCACAUAUCUGGUCUUCCUAUUAAAUGGUUUAGUGAAGAUAAUGGACAAACUCCUAGUGAUAUAAUGAUUGCUAAAAUUUUUAAAAAAUGGGGUAUUUUAAAACGAAUUGAUGUUCCAGCAGCAGAUCCUUACAGAUCUAGAAUGAGACUUGGAACAGCUAUACAUAAAUUUAGUUAUGAAGAUGGUAUUUUUUUUGAUGCAUUCAUACAGUAUGUAGAAUAUAUGGAUUUUGUUAAAGCCAUGGAUGCAUUGCGAGGCAUGAAGCUUCUUAAAAAAGAAAAAGAAAAAAAUCAUUUAGUUGCUUCUCUGAAGGUUGAUUUUGAUAAAACAAAACACAUGAGUGAUAAUUCUGUAUCUCACAGAGAUUUUGAAAGAAAGCGUCUUAUAGCACAAGAUAAUUUAGUUGCUGAAAAAUUACGUCGAAAAGAAGAAGCGGAAGCUAAAAAACGAGAAGAAACACAAAAAAAAGAAGAAUUAGAUUUAAAAGGAAAAUACUGUAGGCGUAGCAUAAGAGAAGACAAAAGAAGGCGUAAAGCACUGACAGUAUUUCGAAAACAGGAAGAAGAUAAAGUCUCAUUAAAAAUUGCUAGAGAAGAACGGAAACUUAUAAAAGCACAAAGGCAAUUAGAAAGUAUAAGAUUAUUAGAUGCUUUAUUUGAUAAAAUUAAGAAAAAAAAUACCUUCGACAAUAUUACAGAUGAUUCGGAUUUCGAUAAAAAGAAGUCUAAAAAUGUUACAGAAAGAAAUAGUAUUGACAACUCCUCUAAAGAAUCACAUCUGCCUUAUCCAGAAAUUUACCAAAGACUGACUCCCCAAGCUUGGUAUUACAAUUCACCAAUGCCACUUCUUUAUCCUCCAGUUCGAGGCUUAUCGCGUGGAGAUAUAGGUCAUAAAAAUGGUGUCCGGGGUCGUAGUCGUUGGCAAAAUAACGUUGAUAACCUCCAACAAUUCAAUCCGCACGAGUAUAAUGAACAAUAUUACAAGUAUUUUGCAAAUCUCGUUGGCCAAGAUUACCAUGCGUUUAUCGAAAGCGAUUACGAAAGAACUGACUCAAGCUCUCAUUCAAGGAGUCGUAGAAUGUCUCCCUCAAAGUCAAGAUCAAGAUCACAUCUAAGGUGCAGUAGAAGCUGGAGUAGUUCAAGAUUGUAUUUGAAAAAAGAAAUGGGAUUGAAUGCCAGGAAAAGAUCAAGAUCCAAAUCUCGAUGUUAUAACCGUAAUUAUAAUCGCUCGAGAUCACGCUCCAGGAUAUAUAAGAAUGGUACCAAACCAAGAGAACAAUUCAAACAACGGAGACGACGACACGGAAACCUAAUUAAUACUGAGUCCCCUGUGCGCGUGACUCGCGCUAAAUCGCGUAGCAUCUCACCUCAUUGGAAGUCUCGUAGCAGUUCUUGGUCAUUGCCAAAAUCGCCUAGACAAAGAAGUUGCUCAUGGUCAAAGAACGUUGAUAAAAAAGAAAAAAAUAUGUCAACUCCAAAAACAGUAAAAAAAGGUGUGGUCAUUGUUGAUACAAAUUUGACAAAACCAGAAUAAAUAUUUUUAUUGCUUAUUUAGUUUAUUACUGUAUAUUAAUAAGUCUAAAAUUG